GGUUGGUUUUGGGACAAAGCACCUCGACUCACACAACUGGCGAGCCUCGAGGACAGGCGCCGCCGUCUUCCUCGGUCACGCGCCGCCGCCGCGCUUCUCCCGCCGUUCCUCCAAUCCCCCUGUCGCCGGCUCGCGUUGUUCCCGUCGCCUCCUCCCGUUCCUACACCGACAUCGGUGUGCCCGCUGGCGCGCCGUCCCCCUCCCGCCUUCGCCAGCGCCGCCGUCACAGCCCCGCUCUCCCGACCUCGUCCGGAACCCUAUAUCGCCCUAGGCCGUGUUUCCGCUGCCGAUUUGUUCGCUCCCCUCUCCGCGUCCUCCUCCAUGACCCUCGCGGCCGAGUCGCCGUCGCCUGCCCCGUCGUCCUCCAGCGGCAGCGACGAUUUCGCUGCGCUCCUGGACUCGGAGCUCGAGCUCGCCUCUGCCGUCGAUUCCGCCUCUCCCGACGACCCCGCCACAUCGCUCGCCAGCAGCGACGACGACGAAGAGGAAGAAGACGCGGUGGUCGAGGUAGAAGAUGCGGGACAGAGCAGUACUAAAAGGUGUAAAGUGGAGGUACAACACCAAGAUCGAGGAACAACGAUAAGGCCUGAUGAAGAUGCAAUUGAAGCUUCAUCUAAAGAUGCUCAAAUCAAGAUAUGUCCUCCACAUCCUGGAUUUUUUGGUGGACUUUGCUUUAGGUGUGGGAAAAAACAAGACGAGGAAGAUGUUCCAGGAGUUCCUUUUGGUUACGUCCACAAGGGUUUGAGGCUAGGUACUUCAGAAAUGGACAGACUACGUGGAUCUGAUUUGAAGAACUUGCUGCGUGAAAGAAAACUGAUACUUAUUUUAGACUUGGACCAUACACUGAUUAACUCGACAAAACUCCAUGAUAUUUCUGCUGCUGAAAAUAAACUGGGAAUUCAAAAUGCUGCAUCAAAAGAUGAUCCAAAUGGAAGCUUGUUCACAUUAGAAGGAAUGCAAAUGCUUACAAAGUUGAGACCCUUUGUGCGUAAAUUUUUAAAAGAAGCAAGCACUAUGUUUGAGAUGUAUAUAUACACCAUGGGUGACAAGGCUUACGCAAUUGAAAUAGCAAAGCUUCUUGAUCCUCGUAAUGUCUAUUUUGAUUCCAAAGUGAUUUCAAACUCUGACUGUACUCAGCGACACCAGAAAGGUCUUGAUAUGGUUCUGGGAGCUGAAAGUGUUGCAGUGAUUCUUGAUGACACUGAGUAUGUCUGGCAGAAGCAUAAAGAAAACCUGAUUCUGAUGGAGAGAUAUCAUUACUUUGCAUCAAGCUGUCGCCAAUUUGGUUUUAGCGUCAAAUCUCUGUCAGAGUCGAUGCAAGAUGAAAGGGGGAUUGAUGGUGCUUUGGCUACUAUUUUAGAUGUCCUGAAGCGUAUACACACAAUUUUCUUUGACUCGGCUGCUGAAACUGCUCUUUCUUCACGGGAUGUAAGACAGGUAAUCAAGGGGGUACGGCAGGAAGUACUGCAAGGCUGCAAAUUAGUCUUCAGCCGGGUGUUCCCAAAUCGUUCUGUGCCACAGGAUCAGUUUAUUUGGAAGAUGGCUGAGCAAUUGGGAGCCAUUUGCUGUGCAGAUGUGGAUUCGACUAUCACCCAUGUUGUUGCUGUGGAUGUUGGAACAGAUAAGUCCCGCUGGGCGGUUGCCAACGGCAAGUUCUUGGUCCAUCCCCGCUGGAUUGAAGCCUCAAAUUUCCGGUGGCACCGGCAGCCUGAGGAAGAUUUCCCUGUAAAGGUAAAGAAGAAGGAAAUGGAUAAAGAAAAUGAUGUUGCUGCUGCCACUACCGGUAAAGAAAAUGAUGCUGCUGCUGCUGCCGCCACCGCUAAAGAAAAUGACGUUGCUGCUGCCACUACCGGUAAAGAAAAUGAUGUUGCUGCUGCCACCACCGCUAAAGAAAAUGACGUUGCUGCGGCCACUGCUGGUCCAAAGGACUCUUAACGCAAUGGAUCAAGAAAAAAUCUUUCUAAGGCGAUACGUUUGUGAGCCGUGUUUCUGAUAUGUAUCAUAGGUACGCCACCAUCUUCGGUUCUUAGUCUCUAGAACAGAAAGGUCGGAAUUUUUUGACCUGGCCUUGCAGAUCCAUGGUGUUAGUUUGAUACAUGUGAAAUUUUGCGGAUGGUCUGAAGCUCAAUGAGCCUCCGGCCACACAAUUAAGUGACUAUCUAACGCCAGACUAAUCCAUUUUACACUGCAGUGUCUUUUCUUAA